GCCGGCUGGAAGCUAUAUCAGUUUUUAUGUUGAUACACACUCUCCUUCAUUUUUUCUGUUGAUGAUUUUUGAUAAUCAUUGUAGUAGAAUCUAUAUAGUAGUAAAACAAGUCGGUCCUCAUUUGUCUAGCCUAGGGACCGCAGCACAACCGUAGUAGUUUUGUUCCUUUCGUGAAUCUGUUAUUUUAUGAAAAAAUCUGUGUUUAUUUUCCUGUAUUCUACCAAACGUCUUGGUCCUGUUGACGUUAAUUGUUACACUCGUUAUUGGCACGGAAAUUGUUGAACCCGAGGAACGCACACACAAGUUAUUUUGCUGUGAUUUAAUCGUCGCCCCCACGUUUCCAAGGAUUUGCUGAGAUUUGUUGGCUGCGCCAUUCACCCCCGCACGCGGUAGGGAGUGUACGAUAACUUAAGGACAUGCAACCCCAUCCGUUCAGUCCUCGUGUAUCGCCUGGAAAAUCUUGGAAUACCAGCAACAGCAGCGUGAUUCACCGCAUGUUCCGGCAGUGAUUAGUUCGUUUUCCGUUCGGCGGAAAAGUCGCGCCUCAGUUCGUCACGUUUAGUGUAUUUAUCAAAAAGUGAUACCGCUUUUUCGUUCAAGUUUUGUACGAGUGUUAUGUUUGAAGAAAAAAGUGAACUGAGUUCAAGCCAAGUUUGGUGAUAACCCCCAAAAAAUACUCAUUCAUAAGUAGAGUACCCGGAGUGAAUGAAGACAUCGGAUCACACAUGUGCUGCAUACAUAGUGAACGAGUUCCCUCGUGAUGAAGGGAAAAAAUUAUAUUUGAACAUACGUACACGUCGGUUUUUUUAUCAAUUUGAUUUGUAAUUAAAUGCAGAGCAGCAGCAGAAGCGCAACGCCAAGACAAACAUCAACACUUGUGAUAAUCGUAUGUCAAUGACCAAUCGACUGCAUCAUCGCGGCCGAAAAAAAGUAGAACGGAAGCUCCAAACCGUCGAAUCAGUCCCAACAGUAAGCGAAAUGCGCAUCGGCCGAAGCCAGUAGCGACGGCACUUUUCCAGAAGAAAAAAUAAAAUCAUCGGCCUUCCUUCGAGCGGAAAAAAAAAUCAGUCGAAGAUCGAAGAGCGUGUUACUAAGAAAAGUUUAUCCUUACGCCCAGUUUUCAACACACAAUUUUAUAACUCUAACAAGUAACGGAUUUCAAGUUUGUAACCAGCCAAAAGUUUAUUCGCCUGCAAGUUUGUACGAAGAAAACGCGCGCGCAGUUCAAGUGCUUUUUUCAUAACCAAUUUUACCAUACACUAUCACCUUCCAAAACAAGUCACUUUUUAAGCAAUCCGCUUCGUUUAACUCGCUUCUAAAUCUUACAACUAUACCAGAUUUCAAUUUAACAAGAAACAUAAGCAAACUUAAAAUUUAACAUACAAAACUAUAUAUUCAUACCCUGAACAAAGUAUGAACAAACAACUUACAUCAACCAUAAGAAUCGAAAAGUGUCUUAUUUACAACUAGUGAAAAUAGAAAAAAGCAAAGAAGAAAAAUCUAUAACACCCAAAAUAAGUGAUAUACUCCAACAAACGAAUUGCAUGAAAGGAAGCAAGUAAUGUUCAGCCCGGUGUUGGUGGAUUGUGCUAGUUAUUAGAUAGUGAGAAACUAAGUCUAGAACUGCGUACCAGCAGCAAAAAAUAGUAGUGACUUGACGACUACAAGACGAAACCACAACAUCAUCAACAACAACAGUAAAAAAAAUUAGGAAAAAAAUAGUGUGAUUCCAUCCAUUUUCGCUACUAACGCGCAACAGAAGAAAAACAGAGUGUAUCCGUAGACAGUGGCCGGUCCAGCGCGCCCUAGCAGUGGAAAGGCGGAAGAUAUAAAUUCAUCUUCAGACUUCAGACUUCAAGUCAGCGGUCGAGUUUUGUCCUGUUCUAUAUGAACUUCCAUUUUCCUCGCUCCAGCAAUCAACAGAACCACUGACCUAAUGACUAUGGCGGAUGGUAGCUAUGACCCAAUGGGGCACAUCCAGACGGGUCGUCAACAUCCUCACUCGCAUCAUCCGAUGCACCACCAUCACAGUGGUGCCGGGGGUGGCGGCGGCGGCGGCGGUGGAGGCACCUUCCACACGUUGGAGCAGCUGCAUCAGUUGCACCAGCGGUAUCAGCUGCAGCAGCAACACCUGCACCAUCAGCACCAGCAACAGCAGCAGCAACAACAACAACCCUCGCCAUCUAGCUUAGAGAACAACAACAAUCUUCCCUCGACGGCCAAUCAUAACCUGUUCCGUUCGGAGCAAAAGAAGCACAAGAGGAAGCGACUGUCCGCUGUGCUGGACAAACUUCAUCACAACGGCUCGAUGGUGAACCACAACAACAACAACGUCGGAGAAGUUAGCUAUAAGAUCAAGCGAUCCGAAUCUCGAUCCAGUACCGAAGAGUCCGUUGAAGAUGUCUUCCCGUACUCGGCAAGCCCCCGGAUCAGCGUCAGUCCGCUACGGCUGAACGAAUCCGACGAGAACAAGAUUAAGCAGGAACCUCAACAGUACCUUGUCAAGCAGCUGCAGUACAUGAACCCGUUGGCGUUCUUCAACUAUUUGCCGCACCAGACGAAGCUCCUGUAUCAGGAAAUAGCUCGGCAACGAAGUCACUCGGACUCAGACGUCCAACCGCAGCCUCUCAAAAAACUUCCGGAGACGAUUCCUGCAGCUACCCCUGUAGCUCCCCCUGUAAUUCCCCCUGCAGAACCCGAAGUUCCCCAGGAACUGCCCCUAGAUCUGUCGAUGAAGGCCAAGCCACCACAUACCCGUUCUCCUAGUCUCGAUACCAUGAUCAAACAGGAGCCGAAGUUAACCUUCACUCCUCCGCCUCAACAGCCGCUGCCAUCGAUCGUUAAAGGCGAUGUCGCAUCCGGAAACACCAAAAAAUCGGCAGCCGCUUGCUACAACCUCAACGUUUCCCCAGUAGUCGAAGAAAUGCCACCGGGUUCGGAUGUCGCCUACAUGUGCCCUGUUUGCGGCCAGCUCUUCUCCUUGCAGGAUCGCCUCGCCAAACACAUGGCCUCGCGCCACAAAAGCCGCUCCAACUCAACCGACAUCACCAAGUCGUACAUGUGUGAAGUUUGCAACCGCUCCUUUGCCCGGUCCGACAUGCUAACCCGGCACAUGCGUCUUCAUACCGGCGUAAAGCCCUAUUCCUGCAAGAUCUGCGGACAGAUCUUCUCCCGGUCCGAUCAUCUCUCGACGCACCAGCGCACCCACACCGGUGAGAAACCCUACAAAUGUCCGCAGUGCCCGUACGCAGCCUGCCGCCGGGAUAUGAUCACCCGGCACAUGCGAACCCACACCCGGUACGAUUCGCAACGCGGAAGCGGAAGCGCCAGUGGAUCUCCGUCCGGCAGCCCCUCGUCGAUGGACCAAAACUCACUGAUGCUACCGGUCGUUAGCCUGAGCUCCGGUGCUACCGCACGGGCCAUCAAAAAGGAAUCUGCAUUUGCCAACAGCCCCGGAAGCUAUGUUAUCGAAGCAAAGACUGAAUCCUAGAGAUAUGCUCUAAAAUGCUAAAUUUUUUCUCUCUUAAAACCGAUAAGGUUCACACAGACACGGAAAAACACACUCACAGACACAGAAAUUACACCAUCUGGAGUUUCCCUUCCCAAAACCAGUAAAGCGUAGUCGAAAAAAGCGAUCACAGAUCGCUGUAGCAUUCCUUUUUUAAUUUUUUUUAUGAAAUGUUGAACUGUUGAAGGUUCACUCUAUUCAGUUUGCCAAUAUCUUGCGUUUUGUAGAACUAGAAUCUUCCCUUUUUAUCUAUUCCUAGCCACUAGUUGUUGAACAUUGUAUUCUAAGAAAUUGAACUAUUCCCGAAAUUCAUUCCCAUAAAAUCAUUCACGAUUGAGUUUUCGUUAGAAGUAACAAAAAAAAACAAAUCUCUUCCUUAUCAUGUUUCGGAAACAUUGAACACAAACACACACACACAUACAAAAAAUAAUCUCAAAGGUUGUGAAUUUAACGAGAAAAAUUAGAAUAGUAAACAAAACAAAGUGUUUUUGAGAGUGUGGUUCUUGCCGCACAUCCAGGAAAUAACCACAUGUGUAUGGUUUCAUUCUUUGCGUUUAGUUUGCGCAUUUUCUGUUAACAGAAACAAACAUCGAAAACCACGAGUGAACUAGUCUCUAGUGAUUUCAGCCCGCACAGGUAAUAGAAACGAAAAACGUUAUUGCUCCACAGACCUCGGAGCUCACUGAAAUACCCAAACCAUCCGUACCCCUAACUGAGAGCACAUAAAUGACAUAAAAUCUGCGACAUCCGACACAUUCCCUUUCGAGAAGAAAAAUCCCAAUUUUUCGUGUGAUAUUCGUUGUAGCUAACCAGAAAUUUAGCGCUUUCACGCGUGUGGUAGAACUGUUUGUAGUGACAAAUAACACUGAGUAGGUAGCAACAAACAACCAACCAAAAAAGACACUAUCCUUACCCCGAAAACAACCGGAACAAACCAAUGGACAAACGGGGAACAUUUUAGAAUGAUGAUUCUUCGGAAAAAAGUUCGCCUUAGACAGUGUGCCUUAUUGUGGAAAGUACGAACUACUACUAACAACAACAACUGUAGAGCAGAAUUUUACUGUAGAACAAUCGGAAAUAGUUGAACAUACAAACACAAAAAAACACCAACACACUAACGAGACACGAUUUACACUGCAACAAAAAAAUAACACUCCCACACCACAGGGAUCCCACUUUUCUGUCGGCACUUGGAGCUCUACCCAAACCCCACUGUGUAAUUAUUCCUUCCUUCUUGUAGAAACUUUCAACCCCACCUCCCUUUGAACAUAAGCGGGGGAAAAAUCGCAACCGGCAGUGUCCGGCACAAAAACGCUAAUCCGCUAAUCGCUAAUUAGUCCGCUAAGUUUCGGUUAGCGAAUUUAUUUUCUCGCUAAACUUUUCUUCAGCUAGCGGAUAAGAAAGUUCCGCUAAUUUUUAGUUCCGCUAACUGAAGAACGCUACCUCUUUGAAGUGUUAAUUAGGCCAUACUCUCAUAUAUCAUAAAUUCGGUAUCAUUCAAAUUCAAAAUUUUGAAUCCGAUCAUGUAUUUAAAUUUUCGUUUAAGAUUGAUUUCAGAAGCUAUUCGAUCUCGAUUUUGACGAGAAUCAUAGGAAUAAGCGUCAUUUUGAAUUGUUUUUUCUUGAAUUUAUAUCUGAAGCAUAAGCCUUCUUCCUAAAAGAGAUGAAAAAGUUUGGAAAAAUGAAAUUUCCAGAACAAAAUACGUCAAUAAAUCAAUAAAUCUUUUGAGUAUUAAUGUCAAAAAAAUAUGAAAAAAAAUCUCGGACAGAUCAAAACAUGACUACAGAGAAUCUUUGCAUUAAUUGAUGUAAAAAAAUGAUAAAUGGGUGAAUAUUUUGAAAAAUUUGAUUCAAAAGUUUUUCCUUUUACUUUACACCAAAUACGCUAACUAAAAGUUAAAGUGUACUGACGCAACUGAUAUGGACAGAAAUAUUACAAAAUAAGUUCGAAAACUGCCCCUAUUGAUAACCUUUAACAACUUUUCUAGUCAAUAUUAAAUAAAGAAGGCUGCAACAUUUGAGUUUUGCAUACCUUUUUCAAAACUUUCUACUAUCGAUUAGCGAUUAGCGCUUUAUUAUAGAUCGAUAGCUUUUACGCAACAUUUAACGGUUUUAAUAAGCGAUCGCUAAAUUUGACCGAGUUAGCGAACUUAUUAGCGCCGCUAACUUUUCAGUUAGCGAUGCCGAACACUGGCAACCGGGAAAUGGGAAGCUUUCAAAGCUUCCGGUUUGACUGUUCUAUUGCCGGGAACGGAACCAGGGAAGUCCGCAGCAGUCCAACCGACCAAGCGACGGCCGCAAUAAAAGAAGUACAACUAAGUACCACCAAACAUAGUUAUGAUAAUUAUCAUGUUCAAGUCGCUCGAGUCGGGCAGGGAGCGUGUCUUCCGGGAGUUGCGGAAAAAAUUGCCGAACUUUCCCUCCACCCACCCAUAAACUCGGGCCACUCGGAUUGAGGGAUAAGAACAACGACAACAUUCCGCCACCUUUCACCCCCUUUUGGCCAAACAACAAGGACAACUACCGCAGCAAAAAAAAACUACUGCAUGAUCUUAAUUUAAAUUUUCAAUCAUGCAAAUUGAAUAUUAAAGCUCUCUUUCUGUAGGAUUUUUUUUUUGCUUCCUUCCUUCCCUUUUUCUAAGACUCUUGGAAAAUCUUUCCUUGAAGUUAUUUUUUGUUCGUUGAACGACUUCAUGUAGCCAAAUCGUAGACCAAACGGGAAAAAACUUGUUGCCUUUGUGUUAGGGGUUGAAUUGUCGUUUUACUUUUAUUGUGAAGAUAUGUUGUAGAAAAGCUUAUCUUGGAAUAGUUUUGAGCAAUUUAAGUCAACCACGUGUUACGGGGAAUACUCUCUCUCUCUCUUUUUCACUUUCUUUUGCGUUUGAUAUCGAAGAUUUAGCAACGGUAUUGGUGGAAUAGAAUAAACCUUUAUUCACUUUCUCAAUAAGCUUCUUACAUGGCUUCAUAUUCCUCUAGCGAUUGUUAGUGCGUAAAUACGAGAAUUGCCGAUCGUGAGAUUCAUCACCGGCUUUCAAUCCACAGAUCGAGUAUUUUAAUCAGCCUCUGAAGCACUAACAACUGUAUCCAGCCUUCGGAAAUCAGCACAUGCAGAUGUUCUGGAAUGAAAAAUUCUUUAAAAUCCCGAUCUGUAACAAGACAUAGAAUCGGCAAUCAGCCUCAAUAAAAUUCAACCUCUCAGCGAACAGCUUCUUUCUCGCGUUGUUCCUCUAGUUGGACAUCUGCGAUUGAUCACUUCUCUGACGCCUUCUGGGACAUCUCUGAUCGAAUUUUUCCUCUCAUUCCGGGCUCCGUUCAAGAACCCGCAUAAACCCGCUACUCGGAAGAUUGAUUUAUGAGAGAAACCCUACCAAGCUACAUCUGUAUUCCUAAUCCAGAAGCAUCUGAGCCCAUAACCUGUUGAGCUCAAAGGCCAAGCAACGAUUUCACUGGUGAAAUUGGGCUAUAUUCAGUUCUUUUGGAAUUUUUUGAAAGAAGAAUACUCUGGAUACUCUUGGUCAUUCUCAAUAGGUUUGCCUCUGUUAUGCGUCGUCGUCGAUUGCUUCGAUAAAACAGCGAUACUUCAGGAAUUUGCUGUCCCAAAGCUACGAAUUGAAAAUCCAUUUUAAGGGCCACAAUUUUCAAAACCAGAAACAAAAUGCGACGGAAACGCUGCCGACUUUGGGUGAUAAUUUUCCAUAAGUGGAAUUGGGAUGUAGCAUGUAGCUGAAAUUUCACCCAAUGGGCGAUGGAAUCGAAAAGUUAUUCUUUCUCUCCUUAAGAAAAACCCGUAAGAUCUGUCAAAAGUUGGGUGAAAUUUUAGCUGCAUCCCGCUUGCACUAAUGCAAAACCAUCACCCAAAUUCGGCAGCGCUUCCAUCGCCUAUUAUUUGACAGCACUAACGGAUUUGUGUUAAGGAGAGAAAUAUCACUUUUCGCUUCCAUCGCCAAUUUUCAAGACCUACGCCUACUUGUAUUGAUUUGCAAACGAUUGAAAAAAAAUUAAAUUCGUUAGAAAAGUAGAUUUUUUUUUUAUUUGGAAGAACUGUCGACAAGCAUUAAACAUACCUUAAAUGUUCCUCUCUUUUAGGAAGCCAAAUUUUAUUGGUUAAAUCAAUUUCAAGCAGUUUUACGAUAAAACAUCCUCCCGGUCGUCGUCAUCGUUGGUCAGCAGCAGCAUGGGCCAAACUUCUGUAUCCGCAGUAUUACUUCGGGACAGGAUCAACCAAGCAGCUAAAACGUCAGGCAGUAGUAGGUAGGACUUCUCGACAAACUGUCUCGGUCCAUUCAGGCAAACUGUCGAAAGUUGGCAGACAACUGGCUGCCGGAACCGAAAGCCAGCUCUCUCAGUGUGUGAUGAUGGCCAUCAGGCAGGCAGGCAGACUCCAGCCAGGCUAUCGGCCUCCAAAAAAUCCUACUAUUCAACUAGGAUGGAAAAAAACCUUUCGUAGGCUGGCAUGGUCGUACAUCACCCCAGGGAGAGAAGUUGCCCAAUGUUGGGUGCACUUUCCACACUGGCCAAAAGUAAUUACGGUCACCUUCCUGUGGCCACCUUCUCCCAACACGCCUCUUCUAAAAGUGUGGAAAAAAAAUUUGCUGCUACAUUGCAAGAGUCAGUGUGGGGAAAAACUUUCAUCCCCCUAACCUCAGGGUGCCCAGGAUAGUGCUUCCGGUUCUCGUUCCGAUUUGCACCAGGCAGUUAAAGCUGCAGCAGCAGUAAUGCUUUUAUAAAUUUUUCUCCCCACAAAACCCCACGCUCUCGUCGACCUAGGACCAGGGACCGUUUCCAUGCUUUAUGGACUUUUCCCAGUCAAGUCGGACCCAUUUGUUCUGCACAUGAACCACCACCGACGACGACGAUGAGAGCUUAGAGUUUCCCGCAUGCUUCCAUCCACCCAAUUCAAUUCCGAUGGGAAGGAAGCUCAUGGAGUGCUCAUAUUUCAGCACCGGUUCCAAGUUUUUUCCGAAACCAUCCGCUGCCCCUCAUCCAGGUCCAGCUCUAGUAAUACAACCAGGAAAAAACUAUAGUUACACGGGCGGAAGCUGAAGUCCAUGUGCUCCAAGAGAGCUGCCACCCUCGCUCGCUCGCGCGCGUGCCACCGUCGUUAAUCACCGAGGAUGAGGCGCGGGGGUGUUCUCGGGCCAGCCAGAAACUUCUGGCUGCCUGGCUGUAAGCUACCAUAUUAUUUUAAAACACACAUUCAAAAUUUAUACUGCAACCCCGGGUGCAAUGCAGAUUGCGGCUGUUCGUUUUGGUUUUGGUCCUCCCUUCCAUUUGGUCGUCUUUCAUCCCCCCUUACUCGGAAAGCUCCUCACCAACGUAUAGUUGCUGAUGUUAGACGACCAUCAUCAGUGUUUCCUGCUCGGAAGCGAUCGGUUCCGGGUAAUAGGGAAGUCUCAAAGCCCCGGAGGGAAUUAAACGAGUCAAGCUAAUGUGAGUGGUCCUCGUCCCUGGAAGAAGAAGAAAGACGAGGCGAACGCGAAGUUUUCGUGCGUGCGUGUGACCCCGUUUCGUGAUGAUUUACUGCCUUCGUGACAAGGCCGCCUUCAACAUGAGCGCGCGGGUGGAUGGCGCGGGUUUUCUUUUUUUUUUCUUGGUCCAAGCACGUCAACUUUGCCAACCCAAGUCCAAGCUGAAGUUGUUGCGGGUGGACUUUCCCGGCUUCGUUGUUGAUGUUUCUCACGUAUUUUUUCUUUCUGGUCCCUUAUCCUGUGAGGGGAAAUGGAGCACGCUUGGUUUUUCCUUUUUUGCUGAGGCAACCGGAAACUAUUCUCCACACUGCAGCUUGUCGCGGACAAGCUGCGAUUAUACUGCGGAGCAGCUUAGUUGUCGAAUGGAAUGGGGGGAUGAAUGGUUUUACGAUCGGUUUGAGAAACAUGAUUUGAUUAUGGUGGCUGGGGGAUUUCAUUCGAGAAAAACAUCAGAAAUUAACAAUUUGUUUUGGAAGAAGAAACAUCGAAGAUGGAAAACGGAAUCAGAAUGACCCCAAGAAAACAAAUUUAGUUUAGGUAUAAAUCAGGAAGUUUAGGUAUCAGCUGAGAUCAGGAACGAGAACUAUUCGUUUAAAAACGAGCUUCUUUUUACAAUUUUUUUAAUAUUCCAGCUCAUGAAACAUGAAAGCGCAGACUAAUAAUGAAAGUUAUAGAAUCGUCAAAACAAAAAAUAGGAUUCAAAAGUUUAAAUUUAGAGUUCAAAUUACAAAAUCAGACUCCUAACUUUGAAUCACAAUUCAGAUUGAGAUACAAAUUUAAAGUUCGUAUUCGAGUUCGUAUUUUAAUUUUGAUUUCAGAUUCCUGAUUCAGCUCCAGAUUCAGAUUCUGAAGUUUAUACUUUCGAAUUUGGUUAAAAUUUCACUAUUUGGAUCACCCAAUCAGAUAUCUGAUUUUUUUUUUCAAAUUAUUUUAUGUUUCAGAUU